UGAUGUUUAUGUUAUGUUAUCAGUACAUUUAUUUUAGAGGUUAUUCUUGUUUUAGGUAUUUUAGUAAACUGCUAGUUUAUAUGAUAUUUUUGUAGAACUUUGCUCGUUUUACUAAAAAUCAUUUCGAAAUGUUAUCUACAAUUCAGAAAAAAAUAGUUAGGUCUUUAGUUAUAUUAAGCCGCAAUGCACAUAACCAAUAUCUUAUUACAAAUGAAAAUAAUGGUACACGAGAAAUAACACUAAAUCAUGGGAAAACCAAAAACUCGCUAUCACUUGAUAUGAUGACUAAUCUCAUAGAAGCAAUUAACCUAAACAAAGAAGACACUUCAUUAAGGGCAAUAGUUUUAUCAGCCAAUGGAAAUGUGUUCUCUGCUGGUCACAAUUUAAAGGAAUUACAAAUGUCCUCAGGGAUUGAGCAACAUAAACUAGUGUUCAAUAAAGCAACAGAAUUGAUGAAAUCUAUUAUACUGAGUCCGGUACCGGUAAUAGCCAAGGUGAACGGAUUUGCAACUGCUGCUGGCUGUCAAUUGGUUGCGACUUGCGAUAUUAUAGUGUGUUCGGAUACAAGCAAGUUUUCAACACCAGGAGCUAACUUCGGGAUAUUUUGCUCUACGCCAGGAAUCGCCGUUGGAAGGAGUGUGCCAAAAUCCAGAGCUAUGUAUAUGUUGCUAACUGGUGAACCCAUAUCGGCAACAGAAGCAUACGAAAGUGGUCUCGUGACAAAAGUAGUCUCUGCAGAUAAAUUAGAUGAUGAAGUGAACAAAAUCAUUGAACAGAUUAAAAGCAAGAGCCGUAGUGUUAUUACACUAGGAAAGGAAUUUUUCUACAAGCAAAUGAACUUGAGCGUCCUUGAAGCUUACAAGUUGGGCGAAGAAAUAAUGGUUAAGAAUAUCAACUCUGAUGAUGGACAAGAAGGAAUUAAGAGUUUCGUUGAGAAGCGAAAAGCGUCGUGGAGUCAUAAAUAGAGAAUAUAAGAUCAAUAAACAUCUUUUGAAUUUCAGCUCUCGUUAGGGCGAUUACGCACUGCAUCCGAUCCGAAUCCAUGAAAAUAUCAAUAAAAUAUCGUUCCGAAGUAGUCAUAGAACUAUUUGUAUGGUAGCUUACGCACUGGCUCCGACUUCAGUCAUUCGAAUUCUCUCCGUCAUCUAUCGUCAGAGAAUAUCUAGGAUGUGCUUCGGAUUCAAAUUGGACAUAUAACGUAGAUAAUUAUUAUGGUCAAAGAUGUUCACUGAAUACCUUGCAGUAAGCAAUAUCCGAGUAUGGUUCGAGUUUUUAUAUCCGUAUUUUCAUGGACUCGGAUCGGAUGAGUGCGUAACCGCUCUUAGAGUUUUGAGGCUCAGUUCUAAUAGUUAUAUACAAGGCCAUAAAGGAUACAGAUGUGCCAACAAGUCGGUACUACAGCAUAAAUCAUACCUAUCACGAUAAUUUCUUAAUACCUCAAUUUAUUUAAAAAUAAAGUGUUAAUUGAUAAGAUAUAUUUUUGUACAAUGUUAAGAUCUAUUUUUUGGAAACUAAAUAAAAUCCACUAUUAUUUACACCUA